CACGACCUUACGGUUGCGAGUCCGAGAGCCUAACCACUAGGACACCGACGCCACAUCAUGAUUAUGAUGAGUACAUGUGUUCAUGUUCAAAGUAGAGGAUGCCAAGCAUAAAAAGCUCUAAAACUAUGUUUUAAUAUAGCCUUUCUGUAACGAUAUGAGUAGCCUACAUAAAAGCAUCAGCCAAGGACUGGUUAAAUUCAAAUUGGUUACUGGGGAUGCUGCUACGAACGUGUCAGCGAUUGAAAGUAAGGGGGCGCCCUCAAGGGAGGCGAGUCUAAAAUCCUUAGUUGGUACUUAGCUUUCGACUACCAUAACACUUUGACAUGAGUUCUGUGACUACCGUAAUUCAGGACGGAAUCGGCGAGCUUGGACCCAGAUAAAGCUUGACCCAUGCUCGAGACAGCGGCAGUGAGAGGUCACUUACUUUCUCGUUCUAAAUAGCUGUGCCAACAUGUUGGAAUAUGCGAUUUUUUCAUUUGCAUGUUUUACCGUUUUGCUUGUUGCAAAAAAAUGGAUUUAUCCGAGCUCGAAGAAGGUCACCACAAUACCUGGUCUUGAUCCAUCGAAUAAAGAAGAUGGCAACUUCAGUGAUAUCGCUCGUGCAGGCAGUCUGCAUGAGUUUCUGCUUGACCUACAUAGCCAGUAUGGAGACAUUGCUGGUUUCUGGUGGAGACAGACCUAUGUGGUCAGCAUUGCUUCACCUGAACUGUUCAAAGCCCAUGCCAAUGUAUUUGACAAACCUGUUAACCUGUUUUGGUUUUUUGAACCGCUGUUCGGAAGCCAAUCUCUACAGUUUGCCAAUGGACCAGAAGCACGAAGGAGGAGAAAGAUCUAUGGCCGACCAUUUUCUCAUGAGAGUCUCAAGAAAUAUUUUCCUAAAUUUGAAGAGAUAGCAGCAAUGGUGGAGACGAAGUGGUCAUUAAAAAGUGAGACUGACUAUGUAGCAGUCGGUGAGGACAUGGAAUUAUUUUCAUUUCGCUCCACUUUGUUGAAUCUGAUGGGAGACAGUUUUCAUGAUGAAAAAUUGGUGCAGAGUGUCAUUAAAGCCUACAAAACGGCAUGGGAUGAGUUGGAACGUCGGCUCACAGGCCCUGUCCCUCCUGAUGAGAACGAUGCAAGGGAAAGGUCGUUUCAAGAAGCUCUUCUGUACCUGAAGAAGACGGUGAAGCAUGUUGUAGAACACAGGGAACAGAGCAAACUCCAGGAUGAGCAGCUCCUGAUUGACGUCAUCCUGCAGUCUACGACAGAUGAGGAUAUGCUUAUUGCUGAUGUCAUAAACUAUAUGGUUGCAGCAUUUCGCACAACUGCUUACAUGUUGACAUGGGCCAUGUAUUUCCUGGCCACUCACCAUGACGUUCAGAGCAAGCUGCACUCGGAGAUUGCCCAGGUCUUGGGCGAGAAAGACGUCGUCACAGAUUCCAACCUUGGCCAGCUAAGGUAUCUCCACCAGGUACUCCAGGAAACACUUCGGUGUGCUGUUAUAGCCCCGUGGGGCGCCCGGGUCCAGGAUGUCGAUUCUGAGCUUGGUGGACACAAGGUUCCCAAAAAUACUCCAGUGAUUCAAGCCUUUGGCGUCGUCUUACAGGAUGAAAAGCUGUGGCCUUUUCCACAAAGGUUUGAUCCAGAACGGUUUAGCACUGAAAAUAGCAAGAGUCACCAAACGUAUGCAUUUUCCCCGUUUGGAUUUGCAGGCAAGAGAAAUUGCCCAGCCUAUAAAUUCGCCUACAAUGAGAGCACUGUUUUGAUAGCCACUCUUAUUAGGAAGUUUGAAGUGAGCAUGUGGGGCGACCAGGUGGUGAAGCCUGCUUUCAGUUUCGUUACUCAUCCGCAGGAGGAAAUCUGGCUCAAGGUUUCUAAAAGAAAAUGAUCAGAACUGUAGCUAAUUUUCUGCUCUUAAGGUCCUUGUGCUCACACGGUACCCGGAAGCAAUAUUAUUAUGAUAAUAAACGCUUUUCUUUUCGUUUCUUUUUCACCAAUCUCUUGACUUUUGUGAAAUACGGAAAGCAACUC